CCGUUUUGUAACGAUACCAUUCGGCCCGAUUCGGAAAGUGACCAACAACGAAUAGCCUGGCCGUCUCCGACUUCCCUGCCCUCCCUCCCCUUCAGAGCUGGAAAAUGCCCAACCAAACAUCUGACAGGGAGGGAAGAGGCGAAGCACCACCGACUUCCCAAGAUGCUGGCACUAAUAAACCGGCUUUUAGACUGGUUCAAGUCUUUAUUUUGGAAGGAAGAGAUGGAGCUGACCCUGGUCGGCCUCCAGUAUUCGGGAAAAACGACGUUCGUCAACGUAAUUGCCUCUGACGAAACCCUAAUUGGAGUGAUGGUUGAUGAGAUGAAGAGGCUGCUGAGGAAGCUGAUGUCCAAAUUUGUGCAAAUGGAUGUGAUCAGGAAAGCUGAGGAUAUCCUAGAUGUUGAUUACAGGAACAAGGAGAACUGGCAUGACACAGGCAACAUAGCAGUAUCACAUGAUGUCAGACAAUACAUGGAGCAAGUUGAAGACUAUCUCUGAUGCCACCAAAAAGAGGUUCUUUGACAGUGUAGUUCAUUUUUACACAAGUGUUGUGACCAAAAUGAACUUGAAAAAAAAUGGUUGCAUUUUGUCUUAGCGGUUGUCGCGCGUGCGCGCGUCAUCGGGGUUGGCAAAAUGAAAUCUCCCUAUUUGCAAUUUCUAAAACUUAACAGGUAUGUUUUUAUCUAAAAUACUCCUAAAUCGGUAAAAUAUUGACUUGAAUCUAUCUUUAAAAUAGUUUUAAAACUUUUACAUGUUGAAAGUAGACAAAAGAGAAAUUAUGGAAUAACAGGAGCAAUUUUAACAACUUUAACGGUUGAUUCACAACAUUAAAUUAAUUGAAAGUAGUUUAAAGAUGCUGAUAUAGAAUGGGGACUGGAGUUUUUUAUUUACUGUUAUUUUUGUAUAUUUGUUUACUGCUAUAUGUUAACUUGAUACUGAAAUAGUAGUUUGGUUUAGCCUGAGAGGAUUUUUGAACAAUUUUGGAACUAAUGUACAAAACAAAUUUAAAAAAAAAAAAAAAAAAAAAAGGAGUGGCGUGCAUCAAUAAUCGUUUUAUAAUCGAAUCGGAGCCUCUGAAUCGUAAUCGUAAUCGAAUCGUUAGGUGCCCAAAGAUUCC